UCCGGGGGGGCGGGGGGAUGCGCUGGCCGUGGUGCUCAAGGCCCUGGCAGGGACUCUUCUACAGCGCUUCUUCCCGCCACUUCGGGGGGUGGCGCACUUGGCUUGCUUGGCUCCGCUCCCUUCCCCUGCGAGCGGCUGAAUGGUUCGCUCUCCACCGCACACUCCCCGCCCUCCCGCUUGCUGGCUCGCUCCUCCCCUCUUCGUCCUGCUCCUCCAGGCUGUUGAUGCGGAACUAGCCAGGCGGCUUGAGGCUGGGCCGAGCUUGAAGCGUGAGGGGCCUCUACUGACAGUGGAUGCUGCAAUUUCCAUGCACAUUCUCUCUUCUGAGGGAGUUGUUGGAAGCUAGCUGGAUCAAUGAAGAAGGAAUUCACUGAGAUGACAUAGUGAAGGAUACGAGACCAUGGUGCAGAAGAAGAAGAGCUGUCCUCGGUUACUUGAUUACCUUGUGAUUAUUGGGGCCAGGCAACCAAGCAGUGAUAGUGUGGCACAGACACCUGAACUACUACGCCGUUACCCUCUAGAAGACCACACUGAGUUCCCACUUCCUCCUGAUGUAGUCUUUUUCUGCCAGCCAGAAGGAUGUUUGAGUGUGCGACAGAAGCGAAUGAGUCUGCGAGAUGAUACUUCCUUUGUCUUUACGCUCACAGACAAAGAUUCAGGUGUCAUUCGCUAUGGAAUAUGUGUCAACUUCUACCGCUCCUUCCAGAAGCGUGUCCCUAAGGAGAAAGGAGAAGGCAGUGGAGGGCAUCGUGUCCGAGAUGGGCAGAAAUUACCCAAAUUGGGGGAUACUUCUGUUACCCAAGAAGAGAUGGGUAAUGAGAGUUCUGAAAGUGGGAGUUCUCUGCAGCCACCUAGCAUAGAAUCCACCCCAGAUGUGAAUCGAUCACCUCGGAGUAAACGUCGAGCAAAAGGCACUCACCGUUCUCGUAACAGCACCCUAACCUCUCUUUGCAUCCUUAGUCACUAUCCCUUUUUCUCUACCUUUCGUGAAUGUCUGUACACCUUGAAGAGGCUGGUGGAUUGCUGCAGUGAGAGACUUUUGGGCAAGAAGCUGGGGAUCCCUAGAGGAGUGCAGAGGGAUACAAUGUGGCGGAUUUUCACGGGCGCUCUCCUAGUGGAGGAGAAAUCCAGUGCAUUGCUACACGAUUUGCGUGAAAUUGAAGCUUGGAUUUACCGACUGCUUCGCUCACCUGUGCCUGUUGCUGGCCAAAAGCGUGUGGAUGUGGAGGUUUUGCCGCAUGAACUGCAGCCAGCCUUGACUUUUGCCCUCCCUGAUCCAUCCCGCUUCUCUCUGGUGGAUUUUCCGUUGCAUCUGCCCUUGGAGCUGUUAGGUGUAGAUGCAUGCUUGCAGGUGUUAUCCUGCAUUCUUCUGGAACACAAGGUAGUGCUGCAGUCCCGGGACUAUAAUGCUCUCUCCAUGUCUGUGAUGGCAUUUGUGGCUAUGAUUUACCCAUUGGAGUACAUGUUCCCAGUUAUUCCUCUCCUCCCCACCUGCAUGGCUUCUGCAGAACAGCUUCUUCUGGCCCCAACACCCUACAUUAUCGGAGUACCAGCCAGCUUCUUCCUAUACAAACUAGACUUUAAAAUGCCAGAUGAUGUAUGGCUUGUUGAUCUGGACACUAAUAAGGUUAUUAUUCCUACAAAUGCUGAGUCAUUGCCUGUUUUACCAGAACCAGAAGUUUUAGAAUUGAAAAAGCAUCUGAAACAGUGUCUGGUUAGCAUGACUGCAAUCACUCAGCAGCAGCUGCUCACGCCUGACAAAAAGGCUUUGGCCAGCAUGAGUUUGAAUACCCAGCCCAUUCUUAACCUUGAGAAGUUUCAUGAAAGCCAGGAGAUCCCCCUGCUUUUGGGAAGACCUCAACACGAUCUGCAGUCCACACCUUCUACAGAAUUCAAUCCCCUAAUCUAUGGCAAUGAUGUGGAUUCAGUGGAUGUGGCCACUAGAGUUGCCAUGGUGAGGUUCUUCAAUUCACCAAAUGUUUUACAAGGAUUCCAGAUGCAUACCCGCACACUACGCCUCUUCCCCCGGCCAGUGGUUGCCUUUCAGACCAAUUCCUUCCUAGCCUCACGACCAAAACAGACACCCUUUGCUGAUAAAUUGUCCAAGACACAGGCCGUGGAGUAUUUUGGGGAAUGGUCACUCAACCCCACUAAUUAUGCUUUCCAAAGAAUUCACAACAACAUGUUUGACCCAGCUCUGAUUGGUGAUAAACCAAAGUGGUAUGCUCACCAGCUGCAGCCAAUUCACUACCGUGUCUAUGACAGUAAUUCUCAGCUGGCUGAAGCACUAAGUGUCCCAAUAGAAAGAGAAACAGAUUCUGAUCCUACUGAUGAUAGUGGAAGUGACAGCGUGGACUAUGAUGACUCCAGCUCUUCAUAUUCAUCACUUGGUGACUUUGUUAGUGAAAUGAUGAAAUGUGACAUAAAUGGUGAUACUCCAAAUGUGGAUCCACUCACACAUGCAGCUUUGGGUGAUGCCAGCGAAGUAGAAUUUGAUGAUUUCCAAGAGUACUCGGGUGAUAUGGAUGAACAGGCCCCAGAUAGUGAGAACUCGCAAGACAACAACCAGCCUCGGUCAAGUUCAAGCACUACAGCCAGUAGUAGCCCCAGCACUGUCAUUCAUGGGGUGAAUCAUGAAUCUGCUGAUUCAGCAGAGAUGGAGGAGAAGAUGAUAGCUGGAUUUUCAAACCACCUUCCCAGUUUACCUUUACAACCAAACUUCCCCAAGAUAAGUGCAGAUCGUCAUGAGAAUGAGAGUCCUGCAAGCAGUUUAGGCUCUGUGGAAGGAGUGGUGAAAAAACGAGAGUAUGAUAACCCAUACUUUGAACCUCAGUAUGGGUUCCCAACAGAAGAGGAUGAUGAUGAACAGGAAGAAAGCUACACACCGAGGUUCAAUCAGAACUUCAGUGGCAAUAGGCCUCAGAAGCCUCUGCGUCCCAACAGUUUAAAACUGGGCAACGACUCUGAUGCAGAAUCUGAUUCCCAUGCCAGCUCCCCAAAUUCUACAGUCUCCAAUAACAGCAAUGAAGGCUUUGGGGGCAUUAUGUCUUUUGCGAGUAGCCUAUACAAGAACCACAGCACAAGCUUUAGCCUAUCUAAUUUAGCACUUCCAACCAAAGCUGGGAGAGACAAAAACACUCCAUUUCCUAGCCUGAAAGUAUUUGGGCUAAAUACUAUAAUGGAGAUUAUUACUGAAGCUGGGCCAGUAAGCAAUGAAGGAAACAGGCGAGCACUUGUGGAUCAGAAAUCUUCUGUUAUAAAGCACAGCCCAACAGUUAAAAGGGAGUCUCCUUCACCACAGGGACGAACCAGUAAUUCCAGUGAGAACCAACAGUUCUUGAAAGAAGUAGUUCAUAAUGUCCUGGAUGGACAAGGAGUUGGUUGGUUGAACAUGAAGAGAGUUCGGCGUCUGUUGGAAAGUGAGCAGCUUCGUGUCUUCGUAUUAAGCAAGCUUAAUCGCACCAUCCAGUCAGAGGAGGAUGCUCGACAGGAUGUUGUCCAGGAUGUGGAGAUCAACCGCAAGGUUUAUAAAGGGAUGCUGGACUUGCUGAAAUGUACUGUAUCAAGCCUUGAACAGUCGUAUGCAAAUGCUGGACUUGGGGGCAUGGCCAGUGUCUUUGGCCUGCUGGAGAUAGCACAUACUCACUUCUAUAACAAAGAGCCAGAAAAACGAAAACGAAGCCCAACAGAUGGAGCAAUCACUCCGGUUGGCAAGGACCCUAAUUUAGCCAUGAGGGUGGAACCGAAACCCAAGGUGCAACUGCCAGUACCCCAGCUCAUGCCAAGGGCACCAAGCCCUGCAGGGAAAGGGCCAAGGGAGUUUGACACAAGAAGUCUAAAGGAAGAAAAUUUUGUAGCUUCUAUUGAAUUGUGGAACAAGCACCAGGAAGUGACAAAGCAAAAAGCUUUGGAAAAACUGAGGUCGGAAGGUACAAAACACUUCUUUGAUCUGGGAGAGACAGAUGAGAAGAAAUCUCAGAUCAGUGCAGACAGUGGUCUAAGUUUAACCUCCAGUUCCCAGAAGAGUGAUCUGGACUCUGUGGCAAGCACGGGACCUGCUGUUAUGAUCCGAAGCACCAGCCAAGAUUCUGAAGUUAGCACUGUGGUGAGCAACAGCUCUGGGGAGACACUGGGAGCAGACAGUGAUUUGAGCAGCAAUGCUGGUGAUGGUGUUGGUGGAGAAAGUGGUGGAAACCUGACAGGAUCACGAGGGACUGUUUCAGACAGUGAAAUUGAGACAAAUGCUGCUACUAGCUCUAUCUUUGGCAAAUCUCAUAGUUUGAAGCCAACAAUUAAAGACAGCAAAUGCAGUAGUCCUGGGAGAGCUCCAGAAGAUGCAAGCCAACGGGUUUAUCUCUAUGAGGGUCUGCUGGGGAGGGAUAAAGGAUCUGUCUGGGACCAAUUAGAGGAUGCUGCCAUGGAAACCUUCUCUCUGAGUAAAGAGCGUUCAACUCUGUGGGACCAAAUGCAGUUCUGGGAAGACGCUUUUCUAGAUGCUGUGAUGUUAGAGAGAGAAGGAAUGGGAAUGGACCAGGGACCUCAAGAGAUGAUUGACAGAUAUUUUUCUCUAGGGGACCAUGACCGGAAGCGCUUAGAAGAUGACGAAGACCGCUUAUUGGCUACAUUGCUUCACAAUAUGGUAGCCUACAUGCUUAUGGUGAAGGUGAACAAGAAUGAUAUUAGAAAGAAAGUGCGCCGAUUGAUGGGAAAAUCGCACGUUGGCCUAGUGCAUAGUCAAGAAAUAAAUGAACUGCUUGACAAAUGUGCCAAUUUAACUGGCAGAGAGCUCGCAAUCCGACCCAGUGGCAGCAGACACAUCAAAAAACAAACAUUUGUGGUACAUGCUGGAACAGAUACAACAGGAGACAUUUUCUUCAUGGAGGUGUGUGAUGAUUGUAUUGUGCUAAGAAGCAACAUUGGCACCGUGUAUGAACGCUGGUGGUAUGAAAAACUCAUCAACAUGACAUACUGUCCCAAAACUAAAGUGCUUUGUCUGUGGAGGAGGAAUGGCCAGGAAACCCAGCUGAAUAAGUUCUACACCAAAAAGUGCCGGGAAUUAUAUUAUUGUGUAAAAGACAGUAUGGAGCGAGCAGCAGCAAGACAACAAAGCAUAAAGCCAGGCCCUGAACUAGGUGGGGAAUUCCCAGUGCAGGAUAUGAAAACGGGUGAAGGAGGGCUCCUCCAAGUCACUCUGGAAGGAAUUAAUUUGAAAUUCAUGCACAGUCAGGUUUUCAUAGAGCUGAAUCACAUUAAAAAGUGCAAUACAGUGCGAGGAGUCUUUGUCCUGGAAGAAUUUGUUCCUGAAACUAAAGAAGUGGUGAGCCACAAGUACAAGACGCCAAUGGCUCAUGAGAUCUGCUACUCCGUAUUAUGUCUCUUCUCUUAUGUGGCUGCAGUUCGUGGGAAAGAGGCAGAAGGCAAAAGCAAACCGCCUCGUCCGGUGUCCAGCUGAUCAACACCAUAGCUAGGAAAUGCAUUGACGUGUAAUACUCUCCGUUCUAUUGCUGUUACUGGAACUUGCAUAACCAUCUCUAAUGCAAACUUGUUUAUGUAUGACCCUGCAAGUCCCCUUACAAAAAUCAAAGUUAACUGUUUAGUCCCAUACUGAAGCUGUCCUUCUAUAGCAUUUCUGAUUAUUGGCCUCCCUUCUGAUACUGUGGUCUGUUCUGGCCAAUCGUUUAGAAUAUGCUGUCCCAGAAUUAGCUCACUUGAGGUUCAUCUCUCUCAUUGUUUGCAGUGGUAUCAUCAUGUGAUAUUUCUUUAUUUAUAGAUGUGAGCCUCUGCUUUCAGGUUUUCUGUUACGUGCACAAUGGAAGCCGCUCAGUCUUGCCUGGAUCACUCACUGUUGCUGGGGCUGAAGUGCUCUACUCUUCACUCUUUUCUUCCUUGCGCUGCAUACUUAGACUUGUCAACAUGGAAUUCCUCCCACAGGGCUCUUCUUUGUCUUUUCUUCAACUCAUUCUACAGAAAGAUGUGGUUCUUUGAGAGUAGAAGCAGAACGUACACUUCUGUAAUUAAGGUUUCUUCAGAGGAAUUAUUAGGAAUCCUGGAGCAAGGGGGAUUAGGCAGGCCUCAUCAAAUUGGUAUGCAUGUGCUAUACUUGGGUGGGGGGGAAGGGAGACUAACAUUUUGGUAACAUUCCAUUUUUUUCAGUUCAUUUGUACAUGCUCACAGUGGUAGAUAGAACUCUUCAUGGUAAGUGUAUAACAUUGUGAGCAAAGAAAAAAGAAAGCUACCAAAUCCAACUCAGCACUAUUGGUUAAAGCAUAUGGCAUACUUAUGUAAAGUUUGAGUGUCUGAAGUGUGCUCUGAUUUUGUAGAACAUUGUCAGAAAAAUAUCUGGUUAUGAAAGCCGUUGUGAGGAUGCAAAAGUUUGCAUCAAUACUACUGUAUAUCCUUGUUCCAGGUCUCCUUUUAGCCACUGCUUCUGUCAAACUGUACAUGUAUAUCAAAUAAUUUUGCAAAAACCGUGCUACUGUGCAAUGAAGCCUCCCUCCCAGGUAAAGUAUCCACUUGACCCUUUAUUUUUAAGUAGACUGAAAAAUGAAUGCUUGAAAUAUCUUUUAUUUUCCAUUGACUGGACUGGACUCUAAUGCAGAAAUGCACCAGGGUACUUGGAGGAGAGGAUCUACAGUAUGUAAAUAAACUGUAGAACAUCUGACAGACUGCUCUGACUAAUGUUAGAGUGUUAUAUGUGUUGAUAAAGAUUCUUGGCAACUGCCUUUAGAAAUAGUAUGGCUUUUUCCACGCAGCUUGGUCUGCAUGGCUUUUGAAUGGACUGCACUAUGAAUGAGUGGGGGAAAGGAUGUAAAUAUUUCAGUACCACAUCUAUUUAUAGAAAAGUGUACAGUUGUCUGAAUGUGAAAAUAAACUUAACAUUAAAUCAUU